AUACAUAAUGAACCAGUAUUAAGUUAAGGUCAAUUAAAGCUUUACAAACUAACCGGGGCACCACAAUCAGAUAGAAUGACACAAUGGCAAUUUAAAACAGUAGAAUAUUUUCAGAUGAUUUUAUUUAGUUCCAAACAAAAGUUAGCGAUUGUUUCUAGCAACACAAAGUGACAAGAAGUCCCAGAAGGUAUACAUAAGAAGGAAGUAAAACAUUUUGUGCUGGACAUUACAUGUCCACCGUAAGAUGACAUGAUGUUGGGACAAGCGAUCUAACUAGUUAACAAUAGUAUUGAGACGGGCUAACUUUUGACAAGAUGGCGCUGAUUCCUGUGAUGCUAUUUCUAUGUUACGUUAACUGUGUUACCACAGGUUAAUUAUCAACACAGAUCAGACAGAUUGUUUAGUAAAGUUUGAAAAAAGGAACAUCACAUUUUACCCUGAGAUCAUUGUCUGACUUCUGAUGUGUUACACACGAUCCUUGCCUGACCUACGAAGAGUUCCAGGUGGAUUAUAAACGAUCGCCAGGUCACGUAGCAACUGUAUACGAAGAUAGCCUGUGUGAUGUGUUGGUCCGUGAGAAGUGGUACCGGUUUGUGGGGGAGGCUGGUGGUGACAUGACUAACGACAGAGAAAGUCUGAUGACAAACAGCUGUGGUACCGUCUAUCCUCUCUGGAUGGAUGGUGAGAUUCCUGAAGUUGCUGAAGGGAUCGUUGACAGAAAAGUUUGCUUAAAGUCAAUUUUCUCGUCGUGCCACAAGUCAUUCACAAUCCAGGUUAAGAACUGCUGUUCAUACAGAGUGUACUACCUCCACAGUGCGAACAUGUGUCCGUCCUCUUACUGUGUUAGUCCCAGUCUUGUUCCUCCUGUCGACUGCCCCGGUCCAUCUACGAACUCUACUACACGUGCCUCAACUACGACUGAGACAACUACAUCUGGGGAUACUACUACCGGUAUAUCUACGAAGGAGACGAAAACUACCACGCAAACAACUUCGGCAAAAACAGAUGAAGUGACAGCACCAGCAUCAGAAAGAAGCUCAGACCCAGUAAUCUUUGUGCUAGCAGUAGUAUGCGUUGUGCUUCCAGUGUUGUUUUUCGGGAUUGCAUUCGCCCUGUACAUGAGGUGUAGGAGAGAAAAGGGUCUACCCGAAUCCUGUCAUGUGGGGAACGACGCAACAACGCAUCAUUCCAGGGACAUGAACAGUGCUUUCACCGAAAACUCUCACUACGAACAACUUCAGUCAAAAAUCCAAUCAGACGGCGAGUAUCAAGAUAUAAACGGUUCUUUAGUAAAUCACCACUCAUGGACUAAUCCAACGACUGUAGUUCACAACACGUAUCAAAUCUCUGAAAAACAAAGACAGGAGAACUGUAUAGAAGGUCCGUAUUAUGUGCUGAAUCCAAGUAAAGUGCAAUCACACCAAUCUCCCUACGAGGAUUUGAAGUUGCAAACAAGCUCCAAUCCGUACGACAUUUUAUCACAAACUGCUGCUGAUUCGAAUAAAACGUCAAAUGUGGCGUUAAAGGAAGCAGACGCCAACCCCUACACUGAAAUACAACAGUGUACGGAAUAGCCGAAUUUAAUCUGCGUACGCAGGAAACACAUCAAAAAUCUCCAACUCAGAUAAUUUCUAUUCUGUUUCUUGUAAAAUAGAAAAAGUGCACUUGAUUCGCGAUAACCCAUAAUGAAUGAAUGAACUAUAUGAAAAUGUAAAAAGACCAUCUUGGUUGAAUUGCACACUUAAGGAUAAUAAUUAUAAACGUUUCAGUGCCUGAUUUCAUCAUAGUUGGUAAAUUGUCUAAUAUAGGAUAUACGAUCACUGACUCUGUCUGUUAUAAAAAUGAUUUCUCAUUCAUGUUUGGUAAGAUGUUUUACACCAUCAGCCAUAAAACAUUGCUACAAAAGCAUACAAAUUAUAACAAAAGGAUGGUAAUGUGCGAUUUACGGGAUCUAAUGAAUUGUGUAACUGGCUUUCGUACAAAGGAGAAAUAGACCUAGCCUGAUGUCCAGUCCCCUUCUUUGGCUGUAACCCUGUUGCAGCUGAAAUAUGUUCUUGACAAUUUGUCACGUGAUUAAGGUUUUUACAGGCACAUUUGUUUUCUUGACCUCCAGUUGAUUAAAGCUUACUGAGCUGUAUCGUAUGUUAAGUUGUUUUUUCAUUAAUUUAUUUGAAUGUUGAUACGAUUUAUAUCAGCAAUUCUAUUAUGCAUAUGUAUUCUGUAAAUAGUUUUUGGGAGUGAUUAUUUUUAUUUCACUACUGAAAUUAUACCUUAACAAAUUAAGACAUACACAGAAACUUUUGAAAAAA